AUGCCUCCUUCUGCCGCACUUAGUGAUGGUGUCAAACGUCCUCGGGUGAAUUGGUGCGCCGCGAGGGCUAGCCCUAACCCUAACCUCAACACGAUUGGUGUGCUCGACAACAUCACGACAACGCGCAAUCAGCAGCCAUGGCCCCCGUCCCAUUCUGCAUUACAGUCGCGUUUACUCCAAGACCUACAAGGUCCCUCGUCGUCUGACUCGGAACUGAAGAUUGUCGGCGAGUACGGCCUGCGCAACAAGCGUGAGGUGUGGCGUGUCCAGCUCACCCUUUCCAAGAUCCGUCGUGCUGCUCGUGAGCUUCUCACCCUCGAUGAGAAGGACCCCAAGCGUCUUUUCGAAGGUAACGCUUUGAUUCGUCGUCUGGUCCGCAUUGGUGUGCUCGAUGAGUCCCGCAUGAAGCUCGAUUACGUCCUGGCCCUCCGUGUCGAGGACUUCCUGGAGCGUCGUCUGCAGACCUGUGUCUAUAAGCUCGGACUUGCCAAGUCCAUUCACCACGCUCGUGUCCUGAUCAAGCAGCGUCACAUCCGUGUCGGCAAGCAGAUCGUCAACGUGCCUUCCUACAUGGUUCGCCUUGACUCUCAGAAGCACAUCGACUUCGCUCUCACUUCCCCCUACGGUGGUGGCCGCCCUGGCCGUGUCCAGCGCAAGAAGGCCGCUGCCGCUGCUGGUGGUGACGGUGAGGAGGCUGAGGAGGACGAGGAGUAA